AUGGGAAUGGCAACCCAGGGACCGCCGUCAGGCCAGCGUCGAGCCUCGCCGCUGCGCCACACUCGCGAUGGCAUCCAGCCGCGCCUCGACGGCCUGCUCCACGGCCGCAGCCUUGGCCUCGGCGGACCCCUCCUCUACGGGUACAGAUGGGGUUUCUGGCCUCCCACCGACGCCAAGCCCUGCGUCUCGCCGCCGCCGCUUCUGCAGGACAAAGCCGGACUCCGUUUCCUGCGUGACCUUGCCUGCGGCGGAGGGUGGCGGGGAGCAAUGUGUGUGGCACAGCUCUGA